AUGCCGUUAGGUAACUCUGGAAAUUUUUCUAGCAUUUCAGAUGACCAACUGGAUGAAGAAGUUCAGUCUAUUUUGCAAGUUUCACCGAACUCAGGUGAAAGAAUGUUGGUUGGAGGUAUUAGAGCCAAAGGAUUAAUUGUCCAGAGAAGGAGAGUCAGAGCAUCUAUUGUACGUAUUGAUCCAGUAAGUCGGGAACUGAGGCAAAAUACUAUUGCAUAUAGAAGGGUGUAUAAUGUACCUACACCUAAUUCUCUAUGGUAAGUUCAUUUUAGUGACUCAGUAUGUUCAUAUGAAUGAUCAUGCUAGGCAACAAAAUUUCCAAGUUAUUACUUGUUAAUGGCACAAUUAAUGAUUUAUAUUUUGAGAAGGUUUUGCUAAGAAUAUCAAUUGAAGUUACUUUAAAGUCCACUAUGCUGAAAUUAUGUCCUAAGAUACCAUUUAUUGAUUUACUUAUUUAUUUGUUUGUUAAUGUGUUUGUUUGACAGGCAUUUAGAUGGAAAUCAUAAGUUAAUAACAUGGCAAAUUAUUAUUCAUGGAGGGAUCGAUGGGUUUUCCAGGGCUGUCGUUUUCCUGAAAGCAUCUACCAACAACAAGUCAUGUACGGUAUUAAACUUGUUCCAAGCAGCUACUCAUGUAUUUCAUUACCUACGAAGAAUCCGAACAGAUCAUGGAACAGAGAAUAUUGCUGUUGCAAGGGAAAUGCUAUACAGAUAUUAG